AUGAACGGCUCAUUAGGUAACUCCUCCGCCUCCGUCACCGGCGACGGAGGUGAAGGAGCCGGAGGACCAGCGCCUUUUUUGGUGAAAACAUACGAGAUGGUUGAUGAUUCUUCCACAGAUCCGAUUGUGUCCUGGAGCUCCACCAACAACAGCUUCAUCGUUUGGAACCAUGCGGAGUUUUCACGUCUCCUUCUUCCAACCUAUUUCAAGCACAACAACUUCUCUUCCUUUAUCCGUCAACUGAAUACCUAUGGAUUUCGUAAGAUUGAUUCAGAGAGGUGGGAAUUUUCAAAUGAUGAUUUUAUUAAAGAUCAGAAGCAUCUGCUCAAGAAUAUACAUAGAAGGAAACCUAUACAUAGCCAUAGUCAUCCACCGGUUUCGUCGAUAGAUCGAGAAAGAGCGGCGUUGCAAGAGGAAAUGGAUAAGCUUUCGCACGAAAAAGCUGCGAUUGAAUCUAAGCUUGUGAAGUUUAAACAGCAGAAGACUACUGCAAAGCAUCAGUUAGACGAAAUGACUGAGCAUGUUGAUGAUAUGGAGAAGAGGCAGAAGAAGCUGUUGAAUUUCUUGGAAACGGCGAUUAAGAAUCCGACUUUUGUUAAGAAUUUUGGUCGUAAAAUUGAUCAAUUGGAUCUUUUGGCUUACAAUAAAAAACGAAGGCUUCCUCAAGUUGAGCAGUCGAAGCCACCUUCUGAAGAUUCUCAUUUGGAUAAUAGCAGUGGUAGCUCGAGACCCGAGUCUGGAAACAUUUUCCAUCAAAACUUCUCAAAUAAAUUGCGGUUAGAGCUUUCUCCAGCUGUUUCAGAUAUGAACAUGGUUUCACACAGUAUACAAAGUUCUAACGAAGAAGGAGCGAGUCCCAAGGGAAUACUCUCAGGUGGUGAUCCAAAAACUGCACAAACAAGAAGAGAAGGCUUACCAUUUGAACCUGAAGCACUAGAGCUUGUGGAUACCGGGUCAUGCCCGAGGAGAUUACUAUUAAAUGACAACACAAGAGCGGAGACCUUGCAGCAGAAGCUAACUUCUUCAGAGGAGACUGAUGGUAGCUUUUCAUGUCAUUUAAAUCUAACCCUGGCUUCUGCUCCAUUACCGGACAAGACAGCUUCACAGAUAGCUAAGACAACUCAAAAAAGUCAGGAGAUUGGAAGAUGUACCGAGUUAAACUUCAACUCAUUAGAAACAAGUGUAAGUGAGAAAAACCGGACUCGACAAGAGGUUGCAGUUGGAAGUAGCCAAGCAAAUACAGCUCCUCCGGCUAGAGUGAAUGACGUAUUCUGGGAACAAUUUCUUACAGAAAGGCCAGGGUCUUCAGAUAACGAGGAGGCAAGUUCAACUUAUAGAGGAAACCCAUAUGAAGAGCAAGAGGAUAGAAGAAAUGGGAAUAUAAUGUCACGUAAUACAAAGAAUGUAGAGCAGCUGACUCUAUAG